GCCAUGGUGCUGAGCCCGGUGCUCCGCAAGCUGCAGGGCAAGCGCGUGGUGCUGGCCAGCGCCUCCCCGCGCCGCCGGGAGAUCCUCAGCAAUGCGGGCCUCAGGUUCGAGGUGGUGCCGUCCAGGUUCAAGGAAAGGCUCAGCAAGGCCUCCUUCCGCAGCCCCGACGCCUACGCCAUGGAGACCGCGCGGCAGAAGGCGCUGGAGGUGGCCGCGCGCAUGCACCAGAAAGACCUGCGGACCCCGGACGUGGUCAUCGGCGCCGACACCAUCGUGACGGUGGACGGGCUGAUCCUGGAGAAGCCGGUGGACAAGCAGGACGCUUACAGGAUGCUGUCCAGGCUGAGCGGCAAGGAGCACAGCGUGUUCACGGGCGUGGCCAUCGUCCACUGCUCCAGCAGAGACGGCCAGCUGGACACGGAGGUGUCCUCCUUCUUUGAGGAGACCCGGGUGUGCUUCUCCAAGCUGUCCGAGGCGCUGCUGUGGGAGUACAUCGACAGCGGGGAGCCCAUGGACAAGGCGGGCGGCUACGGCAUCCAGGCGCUGGGCGGCAUGUUGGUGGAGGCCGUGCGCGGCGACUUCCUCAACGUCGUGGGCUUCCCGCUCAACCGCUUCUGCAAGCAGCUGGCCCGGCUCUACCCGCCCGACGGCCCCGCGGGCGGCGGCUCUGCCCCUGCGCCCAGCGAGGGGGUCGGCGGCCUGGACGGAGCGGGGGCGCAGGACGCAGACUGCAACGGGGCGCCGGAGAGCCCGGGCGUCCACCCGAAGGACCUGCUGGAGCUCAUCGACGGCUUCAAGGCCUCCAAGGCCCUGUUCACGGCCUGCAGGAUGAAGGUGUUUGACUUACUAAGGGACGAAGCCCCCCUCAAGGCUGGGGCCAUCGCCGGCAAAAUCGACGCCUCCUUGGGCGGGACCCAGCGGCUGCUGGACGCCUGUGUGGCCCUGGGGGUGCUGGAGAAGACAGAGAGGGGCUACAGCAACGCGGCCCCCGCCCGCCUCUACCUGGUGUCGGACGCCGAGCGCUCCCUGCACAGCCUCGUCCUGCACCGCGACGCGCACGACUGGGCCCUCUUCACGCAGCUGGAGGCGGCCGUGCGCCAGGGCGCCUGCCAGGACCCGGGGGACGGCCCGUUCCAGGACCCCUCCCAACGCAGCCCGGAGACGCAGCUGCGCUUCCUGCAGGCCAUGCACAGCCUCGCCCAGCUGACCGCGCCCCAGGUGGCCACGGCCUUCGACCUGUCCCGCUUCACCUCGGCCUGCGACCUGGGAGGCGGCACGGGCGCCCUGGCCCACGCGCUGGCCCGCGCGUACCCGCGGCUGCAGGUGACGGUGCUCGACCUCCCCGAGGUGGUGCAAGAGGCCCCGCGCUUUCAGCCCAGCGGGGGCCCGGCCGGGCGCGUGCGCUUCGUGCCAGGGGACUUCUUCCAAGACGACCUCCCCGAGGCCGACCUGUAUGUCCUCAGCGGGGUCCUGCAGCACUGGCCGGACGAGCGCGCGCACCAGCUGCUGAGCCGCGUCGCGGGCCGCUGCCCCCCAGGCGCGGGCCUCCUGCUGGUGGAGACGGCGCUGGACACCGAGCAGCGCGCGGCGAGGCUGCGGACCCUGGACGUGCUGCUGCAGGCGCGGGGCGGGGCGCGCCCGCGGGCGGAGCUGGAGCGCCUGCUAAGGGCGCACGGCUUCGGGGACGUGCGCGCGGCUUCCGCGGGGGGCCUCCUGGACGUGCUCCUGGGCAUCCGAGCCUCCGCGUGA